CGUACUAUCCUUUCCCAGUCUCGGUUCGACGACUCCAUUUUCCUCGGUGGGGUCUUUGCGCACCGGAGUAGCGACCGGCUUCAGGCAGUUCUCUUCAGCCAGACUGUGAGAAGCUGCAAUGUCUGAUUUUGUGGAAAGCGAGGCUGAGGAGUCAGAGGAAGAAUACAAUGAUGAAGGCGAGGUGGUGCCCCGAGUCACCAAGAAAUUUGUGGAAGAAGAGGAUGAUGAUGAGGAGGAAGAGGAGGAAAACCUAGAUGAUCAGGAUGAGCAAGGCAACCUCAAAGGCUUUAUCAAUGAUGAUGAUGAUGAAGAUGAAGGGGAGGAGGAUGAGGGCAGUGACACGGGUGAUUCAGAAGAUGAUGUUGGCCACAAGAAGAGAAAACGCACAUCUUUUGAUGACCGCCUGGAAGAUGACGAUUUUGACCUCAUCGAGGAGAAUUUGGGUGUCAAAGUCAAACGAGGACAAAAGUACCGCCGUGUCAAAAAAAUGUCAGAUGAUGAAGACGAUGACGAGGAGGAAUAUGGCAAAGAAGAACAUGAGAAAGAGGCUAUUGCAGAGGAAAUCUUCCAGGAUGGGGAAGGGGAAGAAGGGCAGGAGGCUGUGGAGGCUGCCAUGGCUCCUCCAGAGGAAGAGGAGGAAGAUGAUGAAGAGUCAGAUAUUGACGACUUCAUUGUGGAUGAUGACGGACAACCUCUGAAAAAACCUAAGUGGCGGAAAAAGCUUCCCGGAUACACAGAUGCAGCUCUGCAAGAAGCCCAGGAAAUCUUUGGUGUGGACUUCGACUAUGAUGAAUUUGAGAAAUACAACGAGUAUGAUGAAGAGCUGGAAGAAGAGUAUGAGUAUGAGGAUGAUGAGGCUGAGGGUGAAAUCCGCGUGCGCCCCAAAAAGACCACCAAGAAGCGUGUGAGCCGCAGGAGCAUCUUUGAGAUGUAUGAGCCCAGUGAGCUGGAAAGCAGCCACCUGACAGACCAGGACAAUGAAAUCCGAGCUACUGACCUGCCUGAGAGGUUUCAGCUCCGCUCCAUCCCAGUCAAGGGGGCUGAAGAUGAUGAGCUAGAAGAAGAGGCUGACUGGAUCUAUAGAAAUGCCUUUGCCACACCAACCAUUUCUCUCCAGGAAAGCUGUGAUUAUCUAGACCGAGGGCAACCGACCAGCAGCUUUAGUCGAAAAGGCCCCAGCACAAUUCAGAAGAUCAAAGAGGCCCUGGGCUUUAUGAGAAAUCAGCAUUUUGAGGUAGCAUCUCACACUCCAGUAAUUCGUUCGUUAGAAAUGUGGUUAGGGGCUCUUACGUUGUUGUGUCUUUUUAGCAGUUAGAAAAUAAAGGUACGCAUCCUAGUUGGCAUUUUGCCUCCUGAGAAUUGGACCUCUUAUAGUAAAAUGGGAUAUACCCCUUUCCCAGUGGUAACUAAAGACAUUAUGUCCCUUCCCUUCAGGCUCAAGGAUGUACAGUCAAUGGAUGAGCUGAAAGAUGUCUACAACCAUUUUCUUCUUUAUUAUGGUCGUGACAUCCCCAAGAUGCAGAAUGCUGCCAAGGCUAGCCGCAAGAAGCUGAAGCGUGUACGGGAAGAGGGAGAUGAAGAGGGUGAAGGAGAAGAGGCAGAAGAUGAGGAGCAGAGGGGCCCUGAACUCAAGCAGGCCUCCCGCCGAGACAUGUACACCAUCUGUCAGAGUGCUGGGCUAGAUGGCUUGGCCAAAAAGUUUGGGCUUACUCCAGAGCAAUUUGGAGAGAACCUUCGGGACAGCUACCAGCGGCAUGAGACAGAACAGUUCCCAGCAGAGCCCUUAGAACUGGCCAAGGAUUACGUUUGCAGCCAGUUCCCCACACCAGAAGCUGUGCUGGAAGGUGCCCGCUACAUGGUAGCCCUCCAGAUUGCCCGUGAGCCCCUCGUCCGGCAGGUGUUGAGGCAGACCUUCCAGGAGAGAGCCAAGCUAAAUAUAACCCCCACCAAGAAAGGUAGAAAGGAUGUGGAUGAGGCCCACUAUGCUUAUUCCUUCAAGUACUUAAAGAAUAAGCCUGUUAAGGAACUGAGAGAUGACCAGUUCCUCAAGAUAGCUCUGGCUGAAGAUGAAGGGCUGCUCACCAUUGACAUCUGCAUAGAUAUGAAGGGAGUCGAAGGUUAUGGCAACGACCAGACCUAUUUUGAAGAGAUCAAACAAUUUUACUACCGAGAUGAAUUCAGCCACCAGGUGCAAGAGUGGAACCGGCAACGCACCAUGGCCAUUGAACGAGCUUUACAGCAGUUCCUCUAUGUGCAGAUGGCCAAGGAGCUCAAGAACAAGCUGCUAGCAGAAGCCAAGGAAUAUGUCAUAAAGGCCUGUAGCCGAAAGCUCUACAACUGGUUGAGGGUGGCACCCUACCGACCAGAUCAGCAGGUGGAGGAAGAUGAUGACUUUAUGGAUGAGAACCAAGGGAAGGGCAUUCGAGUCCUCGGUAUUGCUUUCUCCUCUGCCAGAGAUCACCCUGUAUUCUGUGCCCUGGUCAACGGUGAAGGAGAAGUAACAGAUUUCCUCCGACUUCCCCAUUUUACCAAGCGACGAACUGCAUGGAGAGAGGAAGAGCGGGAAAAGAAGGCACAAGACAUUGAAACCUUAAAGAAAUUUCUUCUGAACAAAAAGCCUCAUGUGGUGACAGUUGCAGGAGAGAACAGGGAUGCCCAGAUGUUGAUUGAGGAUGUGAAGCGUAUUGUGCAUGAGCUGGACCAGGGCCAACAGCUAUCUUCUAUUGGAGUGGAGCUCGUUGACAACGAGUUGGCCAUUCUUUACAUGAACAGCAAGAAGUCAGAGGCAGAGUUCCGGGACUACCCACCAGUACUAAGGCAGGCCGUGUCCCUGGCCCGACGCAUUCAGGACCCUCUGAUUGAAUUUGCCCAGGUGUGCAGCUCUGAUGAAGACAUCCUGUGUCUCAAGUUUCACCCCUUGCAGGAGCAUGUGGUGAAAGAAGAGCUGCUCAAUGCCUUGUACUGUGAAUUUAUCAACCGAGUCAAUGAGGUUGGGGUCGAUGUCAACCGUGCCAUUGCCCACCCUUAUAGCCAGGCCUUGAUCCAAUAUGUUUGUGGCCUGGGACCUCGAAAAGGGACCCAUCUCCUGAAGAUCCUGAAGCAGAACAACACCCGACUCGAGAGCCGGACCCAGCUGGUCACCAUGUGCCACAUGGGUCCUAAAGUCUUCAUGAAUUGCGCUGGCUUCCUCAAGAUUGACACAGCCUCCUUGGGGGACAGCACUGACUCAUACAUUGAAGUCCUUGAUGGUUCCCGAGUUCACCCUGAGACCUAUGAGUGGGCCAGGAAAAUGGCAGUGGAUGCCCUGGAAUAUGAUGAGUCAGCUGAGGAUGCCAAUCCUGCAGGAGCCCUUGAAGAGAUCUUGGAAAAUCCAGAGAGACUUAAGGACCUGGACCUUGAUGCCUUUGCAGAAGAACUAGAGAGGCAGGGCUAUGGCGACAAACAUAUCACCCUGUACGACAUCCGUGCAGAACUGAGCUGUCGGUAUAAGGACCUCCGGACAGCCUACCGCUCUCCCAACACAGAGGAGAUCUUCAAUAUGUUAACCAAAGAAACACCAGAGACCUUCUACAUUGGAAAGCUCAUUAUCUGCAAUGUCACUGGCAUCGCCCACAGGCGUCCACAGGGUGAAAGCUAUGACCAGGCAAUCCGCAAUGAUGAGACAGGGCUGUGGCAGUGCCCCUUCUGUCAGCAGGACAAUUUUCCUGAACUAAGUGAGGUUUGGAACCACUUUGACAGUGGUUCAUGCCCAGGCCAAGCCAUCGGUGUCAAAACACGGCUAGACAAUGGUGUCACUGGCUUCAUUCCCACCAAAUUCCUCAGUGACAAAGUGGUAAAGCGGCCAGAGGAACGAGUGAAGGUGGGAAUGACUGUUCACUGCCGCAUCAUGAAGAUUGACAUUGAGAAGUUCAGUGCAGACCUGACCUGUCGCACCUCAGACCUCAUGGACAGGAACAAUGAAUGGAAGCUGCCCAAGGACACGUACUAUGACUUUGAUGCCGAAGCAGCAGACCACAAGCAGGAGGAGGACAUGAAGCGGAAGCAGCAGCGGACCACAUACAUCAAGCGAGUGAUUGCACACCCAUCCUUCCAUAAUAUCAAUUUCAAGCAAGCAGAAAAGAUGAUGGAGACAAUGGACCAGGGUGAUGUGAUCAUCCGACCAAGCAGCAAGGGCGAGAACCACCUGACAGUGACCUGGAAAGUCAGUGAUGGCAUCUACCAGCAUGUGGAUGUGCGGGAAGAGGGCAAGGAAAAUGCCUUUAGCCUGGGAGCCACUCUGUGGAUCAAUAGUGAGGAAUUUGAAGACUUGGAUGAGAUAGUUGCCCGCUAUGUCCAGCCCAUGGCAUCCUUUGCCCGGGACCUUCUGAACCACAAGUAUUAUCAGGACUGCAGUGGUGGAGACCGCAAGAAAUUAGAGGAGCUGCUCAUCAAGACUAAGAAGGAGAAGCCCACCUUCAUCCCUUAUUUCAUCUGUGCCUGCAAGGAACUGCCCGGCAAGUUCCUACUGGGAUACCAGCCCCGGGGUAAACCCAGGAUAGAAUAUGUAACAGUGACUCCAGAAGGAUUCCGGUACCGGGGCCAAAUCUUCCCAACUGUGAACGGACUCUUCAGAUGGUUUAAAGAUCAUUACCAGGAUCCUGUACCUGGCAUCACUCCCAGUAGCAGCAGCAGGACCCGGACACCUGCCUCUAUCAAUGCCACUCCGGCCAACAUCAACCUUGCAGAUCUGACACGGGCUGUGAACGCCCUGCCCCAGAACAUGACCUCGCAGAUGUUCAGUGCCAUUGCUGCCGUGACAGGCCAAGGACAGAACCCUAAUGCCACCCCAGCCCAGUGGGCCUCCAGCCAGUAUGGCUAUGGUGGCAGUGGAGGGGGUAGCAGCGCUUACCACGUAUUCCCAACACCAGCCCAGCAGCCAGUGGCCACACCACUAAUGACCCCCAGCUACUCCUACACAACCCCAAGCCAACCCAUCACUACACCACAGUACCACCAGCUACAGGCCAGCACCACCCCACAGUCUGCCCAGGCUCAGCCCCAGCCCUCCUCCAGCUCCCGACAACGGCAGCAGCAGCCAAAGUCCAACAGCCAUGCAGCCAUCGACUGGGGCAAGAUGGCGGAACAGUGGCUGCAAGAGAAGGAGGCAGAAAGGCGGAAACAGAAGCAGCGGCUGACACCUCGGCCGUCCCCCAGCCCCAUGAUCGAAAGCACCCCUAUGUCCAUUGCUGGCGAUGCCACCCCACUCCUGGACGAAAUGGAUCGAUAGGGGGCCUGCUCCUCGGACUCUGGUUACCUCUGAGGCUGUGAAAGGCCUGGCCGCCCACAGCUUCCCUCCCUGCCCCUCCUUUUCUGUCCAUAAAAGUGGCGUGAAGUGACGUUCUCUUUGGUGGUCAGCCUGGAUGGGUGACAGGCUGGAUGAUGGCCUUGCGAACUUGAGCUCAGUGUACGCUAGGCAACAAUUCUCCCACUCCAGAUCCUCACCGACCACCUGUCCUGGGACCAGGCUGGGAAGGGAAUGUGGCAGGGAGGAGGAAGAGGAAGGUGAAAAUGAGAGUUGAACAGUUUUGUAUUCUCCCUACAAGCCAUUUUGAGCUGCUGCCCUCACUUGACUUGGCUGUGACCAGGGCACCAAGCUCAGCACAUGAAUCUCCCCUAUCUCUUAUGGGGAGAGGGAUGCUAUUUAUUCAGUUUGGGGCAGGAGGGAGAAGAUGGAAAGUAUUCCUAAUGCCAACAGCCUGGGUGGCUGUCAAAGCAGGAUUGCAGGGACACAGGGGAGCAGUGCUAACCUGCCCAGCCCUGCCUAGCUGCCUUCCCUACCUGCCAACGCCACCGCUUCCUGCCUGUCAUUUGAAUAAACAGUGUUUCUACA